AUGAUACUGGCUCUGGCGGCCUCGAUUCCAAGCACGUCGAAGAUCUCCAGGACGUGGUUGGUCUUGGUCUUGUGCGACACCACACCGUCGGUGGCCAUCACCUCUUUCAGGCCGUAUCCUUCCACAAGCAGCUCUUUCUUGCCGUCGUCUCUGACGUUGAUCACGGCACGCGAGAUCUCCGGCAGACCCUUGACGACGACCUUGGUGAGCACACGUUUGAGCUGCUGCAUCUUGAAGAACAGCGAGCUGCGCUCCAGCCGCUCGCGCUCCUCUGGGUCCUUGAUCACAGACGGUUCUCUCGAAGAAACGGACUUGGCUGGCUUGGACGCGUCCGUGCCCAUAUCCGACACCAGCACCUGGAUCUUGUUGCCGCCCACGACGGCCACGUCUCCGCGCGAGAUUUUGAGCUUUGGCGCAGCCACAAUGGCCGUGGCGAUCUGGUCGAUCGUCAGCUCCAGCUGCAGCUUCUCGAUCGACUUGACGUCGAUCUUCACCUGCAAGUACGCCUGGUUCUCCUUGUAA